ACAGAAUAGUAAACAAUUGCUUACUAUUCUGUGCUAUAAUUACGUCAAGUCAAAAAAGUGUGGUUAUGUUAGUGCUAGAGGAUUUGAAAUUUGUAUUUAUUUUAUUGGAGUCGUAAUUGAAUAGAGAUACAUAGCGAUGCUAACAAGAUCUAUCACAGCCAGGAAAAACUGCAUACGUUUUUUAGCGACUGCUACCAAUACUGUAGACCAGCAGGAAGUACAGCAGUUUCAAAAAUUUGUAGAAGGAUGGUGGGACGAAUUCGGACCAAUGAAAGCUUUGCAUUCAAUGAACAAAUUGAGGGUACCCCUAAUCAGGGAUGGACUUGUUAAUUCUGGUUUGGUUCAGAAGAAACGUAUUGAUAGUCCGUUACCCUUGGAAGGGCUUUCUAUUUUAGAUAUUGGAUGUGGUGGUGGAAUAUUAUCAGAACCACUGGCUCGACUGGGCGGCAUUAUUACAGGAAUCGACGCCAACUUGGAGAUAGUAACAGUAGCCAGAUCGCACGCCGAUCUGAACCACCUCGACAUAAAUUACGUCACCAGCUCCAUAGAGGAUCAUGCUUUGGGCAACGCAGAAAAGUACGAUGCUGUCGUAGCCUCGGAAAUAAUAGAACACGUUUCGCAGAAGAGUGCUUUCAUCGAGGCUUGCGCGAAGUGUUUGAAGCCGAAUGGGUCGAUAUUUGUGACGACAUUGAGCAAGACUAGGUUGGCUGAUUUUGUCGCGGUCUUUUUAGCCGAGGACGUAGCGAGGUUAGUACCGAAAGGUACGCACCAGUACGAGAAGUUCAUCAAGCCACAUGAGUUGCAGAGGCUGUUGGAAGAUAAUAAUUGCAGAACAGAACUUGUACAUGGGAUGUUCUACAAUGUUGUCACAAAUACAUGGCACUGGUGCUCUAAUACAUCUGUCAACUUUGCUCUGCAAGCAACCAAACUUGAGAAAGUAGAAGAUUGUGAUUGAUUGAAGUAAUAAAGGAUUUGUGCAUUCAUAUUUGUUUCAGAUAAGUAUUGUAAUCUGAAACGAAGUGAUACUUUAUACCGAUACAUUCUCUGGUAAUAAAAAAUAUCUUUAAAAAAUCC